AUCUAGAUAGGUGGGUGGGUGGGUUAGUGGUGGUGGUGGUGGUGGUGGUGGUGGUGAUGGUGGUGGUGUUUGGAGGUAUAUAACGUGACAGGCCCAACAUGGAUCCGUCAGUCCCGUCAGCCCCUUCGUCAUGGCAGCAAAGGUCGUGUUCCUCCUCUCCCUUGUGGCCGUCGCCCUCGCCCGCCCCUCCACCUCCUACGGGGACCCCCACCCUACCCCAUCCUACCACACCCCCGCUCCUUCCUACCACGCCCCCGCCCCAUCCUACCACGCCCCCGCCCCAUCCUACCACGCCCCCGCCCCCUCCUACCAUACCCCAGCUCCGUCCUACCACGCCCCCGCCCCCUCCUACCACGCCCCCGCCCCCUCCUAUGGCACCCACGAGCAGUAUCCUGAUGCCCACCCGCAGUACAACAGCCAGUACGUCGUGAAGGACGACUAUACCGGCGUUGACUUCGGCGCCCAAGAGACCCGCGACGGCUACGACACCCAGGGCUCCUACAGCGUGCUGCUGCCCGACGGCCGCCUCCAGACCGUCACCUACUACGUGAACGGCGACUCCGGCUACGUGGCCGAGGUCACCUACGAGGGCGAGGCGCAGUACCCAGCACAGGAAUACGGACACCAGCCUUCCUACGGCCACGCCCCCGCCCCAUCCUACGGCCACUCCCCAGCCCCAUCCUACACCCCAGCUCCUUCCUACGGCCACUCCCCAGCCCCAUCCUACACCCCAGCUCCUUCCUACGGCCACUCCCCAGCUCCCGCCUACUCCCCAGCCCCGUCCUACACCCCUGCCCCAUCCUACCACUAAGAGCCCCCCACCAUGACCCCUACGACCCCCCGACCCCCCCGGGACGCGAGCCUCACCUGCCAUGUACAUACCUGUAUUUAAUUAACGAACACAUGCAAAUUAUAUAACGUGGAUCCACGCCGAA